CAUUGUGAGCCUAUGGAUCCCUCAGCCCCCAGGAAGCAAGCUUCUUCCUCAUCGUUUAUAAUGGCGUUCCUUCAAUUUUUUGCUGUCUGUAAUCUGGAAGUUCAAUUUUACUAUGGCCAUGGCCAAGUUCAUGUCCAUGUCCAUGUCCUUACCCAGCAUCCAUGUCUUACAUCGAUGUGAACUCCCGGGACACUCAAUAUUUAACCUUCCAGCUGGAGCCAACUGGAAACUGACAAAUCAAUUACCUAUGUGCAGUUAUUACAGCUUAAGAUAUUAGAAGUUCUUAGUUCCUGGGUAGGAACUUUUGACAGUUGUUUAAGAAGAUGUGAUUCCAAACUAUCCACUGAAUGUUUGUAAUUAUUCUCAUGGACAAAUGUUACAGACAGCAUUAGCCAGAGAGGUUGCCUGUGCUGUCAACUGUGGUGAAUGCAGAGACUCAUGUCAGCUCACAGUAUCAGGCUACAGAACACCCAAUUGCUUAACUCCAAACCAGAAACCUAAAAGACCCCCUCUACAGCUCAGUGUGCAUUAUGGAAUAUAGGGAGAAAGGGUGCAGGGGCCAGAAGAUGAGAAGAAGCAAUGGAAAUGCAAUAUAGUGCUCAUGCACAGGCAAGGAAACCAUGGUCUGUCUCUCAGCUCCGCAGCUCUCUGCACAAGAGUGGAGACCUCACCAGCACAGUAAGGAACAGUGAGGGGCUCAGUGGGCCCACCCCCCAUUCUAUUGAACUUUUGGCUACUGGCAGAUCUUUGGACAGAGGUCAGCAUGGAUUGGACUCAAGUGGAAAGACUGAAUCCCAGGAUCUCGCAGACAACCUCUUUUAAACUCUGUGGGUCACAAGACAAGACCAAAGAUGUGACUGUAAGAAAGAUCCUUGUAAAGAAGAAUAUUUGAGGGGAUUGUAAGGGAAAUGAGAGAGGAGGGAUGUAGGGGAAAUCACAGAAAUACAUUAUACAUGUGUCUUAGUUAGAGUUUUACUGCUGUGAACAGACACCAUGACCAGGGCUACCCUUAAAAGGUCAGCAUUUUAUUGGGGUUGGCUUAUAGGUGCAUAGGUUAUCUGUUAUCAUCAAGGCAGAAACAUGUCACCAUCCAGGCAGGCAUGAUUCAGGAAGAGCUGAGAGUUCUAAAUCUUCAUCUGAAAGCUGCUAGCAGAAUACUGGCUUUCAGGAAGGUAUAUUGAGGGUCUUAAAGCCCACAUUCACAGUGACUCACCUAUUCCAACAAGGCCACACCUCUAAAUAGUGUCAAUGCUUGGGCCAAGCAUAUACGAACCAUCACAUUCCACUCCCUGUCUUUUAUAGGCUCAUUCAAACCUAUGUGUAGGGCCAUGCCUACACAUAGCAUGAUAAAAAUAUGCAUUUAGUCAAACUUCCAAAGCACACAAAGUCUAAACUAUGUUGUAUCAACAAUGUUAAAAGUCCAGUGAUAAAGAUCUCUUCUGAAACGCACUCAGUCACUUAACUGUAAUCCCCAAAGCAAGACAGGAAACCAUCUGUACAAAUCCAAACUCUGCAUUUUCAUGUCUGAAGUCAAAGCUAUCAUAUUCAGAUCUCCAACUCCAUUUUCAUCUUUGUUGACAACAAUACACUUCUUUCUCCUGGGCAGGUUCUUCUUGCUGUUAGCAGCUGUCUUCAGCAGGUAUCCCAUGGCCUUGACAUCUUUAAUAUUUUUGGGUCUCCAAGGCACCUUCAACCUCACAGCUUCAUGCUCCAGUGUCUUAGAUCUACACAUGAUUUUCUGGGAACCUCCAAAGGGCUGGCAUCAGUUUUUUGUUUCUCUGCCCUGUAGCACUCUAAGCUCAGGUUGAUCCACUGCUACUGCCGUUCUUGGUAUUCAUCCCAUGGUACUGGUAUCUCCAAUACACUGGGGUCUUCUGCUACACCAUGCAUUCACCAAAUUUCCUCUCUUCAUGGUGCCAAGCCUCAACCCUUUUUCUUUUUCUUUAUUUCUUUUUUUACUUUUUUUUUUUUGGUUUUUUUGAGACAAGUUUUCGCUGUAUAGGACUAGCUGUCCUGAAUCUCAGUCUGUAGACCAGGCUGACCUCGAACUCAGAAACCUGUCUGCCUCUGCCUCCUGAGUGCUGGGUUUAAAGUUGUGCACUACCAUGCCAGGCUUUUUUUUUUUUCUUUUUUUUUUUUUUUUUGCCUCAACUCUUUUUAAUGACCCCUUCAGUCCUGGGCCAUUAACUGCAACUGAGGCUGUACUUUUUACCAAUGGCCUUCCAUGGUCUCUCACAGUGACAAGCCUCAGCUGUUCGUCAUGAUGUCUUCAUGCCUUCAAAACCAAUAUCACCUUGGCGACUCUUUCACCUUACCAUGUACAGCUGUAGGACAAGGUACUAUCUUGGCUAUCUCUGGAACAGAGUAUCUUUUUGCUCUUACCAAACACUUCCCAGAAGCUUUCACCUCAGUGAUACCAGUCUCUUCUUAAUCACCACUAAGUUCUUAGCUCCAGCUAACCAGCAUCAAUUGUCUCAGUAGUUCUUUCUGUUCUUGACUCUAUAGACUGAGCCACGUGGCCAAAGCUGUUGAGUUUUGCUGCUUAUGUGGGCUGGACAUGGCCCCUUUUUCUAUUACAUUAUCACCAGCUUUCUGUUUUCCAACUCUGUCCCUGAGUAAGUUUGGAUUUCCUACAAUUUACAGAGUAGAUUGACCUUGAACUCAGAGAUCUGCAUGGAUCUGUCUCCUGUAAUGCUGGCAUUAAAUGUGUGUACCACUAUGCUUGGAUUUAAGCAUUUCUUUCCCUAGAACCUGCUUUGUUCCAGAUUGGCCUUGAACCCAGAGAACUGUUUGGCUUGGUUUUCUGGGAUUAACGGUGUGUCCCACCAUGCCUGGAUGUAAAUUUAGCUGGAUGGAAUCUUACUCCAAUAUCUCUUAAUCUCUUAACAGUCUCCUAGAAUGUAGGAUUCAGUUCCAAUUUACUUCCUGGUGCAGCUUUAAUACUUGUAUCAUAUAUUUUAUAUUUUUCCUUUCUAAGUUUGCUAUGCUUGUUUAAAAUGCUCUUUGUGGUACUUAACCAGAGAACAAUGACUCUGCUGAGAUGUUUUUUGAGACUUUGUUUGUGAAACCAUUUAAUAUAAAUCUAAGGGUCAGGAGAUACCACACAUGAGAAGGUGAGGAAUAGAGAGCAUAGCCACCAUGUAGGAGACAGAGAAUAGUGGCCCUGAAAGGACUGUAUGACUGUGUAAAGGACAGCAAAGUUGGAAUAUAGAGUUUUGGUAAGCAAUAACUUAGGAAGAUCAAAGGGAGAUGGAUUGGCCAUAUAGGGGCCAGGAAGUGGCCCUGCCAUUGAGUUGUUUUAGGCAUAUAAAAUAUAACUGCUCUGUGUUUGUGUGUGUGUGUGUGUGUUUCAUUCAGGAAUGUAGAACACUGGGGCUGGUAGAUAGUAACUCAGAGCAGCUGCUGCCACUGUGGUCAAUUUGAGUAGUUUAAUUGGGAACGGCUAUAGUCCUUAACCUCUCCAACAUGUUUAAAAUUAGAAAAAAAUAAGACUGCAACUCAUCCUGGACCUGACAUACUUCUUACUGGGGUAAUGAGAAAUCAUCAACUCAUCACAACUACAAAAACAAAGAUCAAAUGAGUAUGUUAUUGUUACUAAUUAAGAGAUUGUUUUUUAUUUUUCGGUAUCCUGAUACUAAGGAAAUAGUUGCAGUUUUAGCUUCAUGCUCUCAAUGGUCAAACAUCAAUGUCCCUUGGAAUCUUAAAAAUGUAAGUUGAAAAAUUAUAAGAAUGUAAACAUAAGGCUUGGAAAUAAGGGGCAAGUCUUUAAUCUGACCACCUCUGGAGCAGAAGCGGGAGGAUCAUAGAGUUCAAAGUCAACCUGGUCUGUGUAGUAAUGAAUUCCAGGACAGCCUGGGCUACAUGGAGGAACCCUGUCUCAAUAAUAAAAAACAAAAACGAGGAGGAGGAGGAGGAAGAGAAGGCAAUGAUUGAGUUUUUUAAUAAAUAAAGUUUUAUCUAUGAAGUUUAGGAUGGCUGUAUGUUUCCAGAAUGGAAAGAGAAAUUAGAAAUUUUAUGAAAGUUGCAAGUGUCCAAGUAAGUUAUUAAAGAUAUGUAAAUGAUAAACCUUAGAGAUGAUAGACAGGAACCGGGCAUGGUGGCCCACGCCUUUAAUCCCAGCACUUGGAAGGCAGAGGCAGGUGGAUUUGUGAGUUCAAGGCAAGCCUGGUAUAAAGAGUUCCAGGACAGCCAGGGCUAUAUAAAGAAACCCUGUCUCAAAAAACCAGGAAAAAAAAAAAGAUGAUAGACAGGAUAUUUUAAUUUGUAAGCCAAGUACCAAUGAAUUUAUGUCAAGCCUCUACUUAAAUCAACAGAGUUCUCGUUAGCUUUGACCAAUCCUGGUAACAGUUAUAAACACUUGCUUCUAAAGCUUUAUGUGAGCUGUUUCAAUUAUCACAGAUACAAAACAAAGAUACAUGCAAACAAGAUAAUUAUUGUGUUUUAAACUUUGUUAUAUUAAACGACUCUAAAAACAAAACCUGACCCGUCCAGCAGGUCCAGUUAUUCGAGGGUCUGGAGGGGACCUUCUCCUAAUAACCAAAUGGGGGGGUAGAGAGAGAUGAGGAACCGUUCUGAUUUGCAUUGAAGCCCCAAAUGUAUUGAGAAAGGCCCAAGACUUAAAUGCACAAGCAAAAGGGGAAGUACAGACACUUAUCAGUGGGAGGGGUGAGGCAAUACAAGCAAAAGGAGAAGUACUUAUCAGUGGGAAGGGGGGCAAUAGAAAUUCUUUAUUUUGGCAGCUACACGGGGAAGCAGGAACUUGGUGGUAUCAGGGUGUGGUCAGGACUUCGGAGAGGACUUAGGACUGGAACAUCCCGUGGUUGUUCUCAGAAUCAAUGUGUCGGUGGCAAGCUUUUGACCCCCUUUUCUUCUCGGGGGGAGAGGCCCAAUUUAGAGAUCAAGAGUUGUCUUAAUAGCUCCCAACAAAAACCAACCCAACAUUCAUUUUAAAAUGUCUGAGCUUCAUCUGCAUGUUGCCCAGAGUUUAAGUGACAACACUGGGAAAGCUGCUAUGGUAUUUCUUUUUUGUUUGUUUGUUUUGGGUGUUUGUUUGUUUGGUUUGGUUUGGUUUUUGGUUUUUCGAGACAGGGUUUCUCUGUGUACCCCUGGCUGUCCUGGCACUCACUUUGUAGACCAGGCUGGCCUCGAACUCAGAAAUCUGCCAGUCUCUGCCUCCUGAGUGCUGGGAUUAAAGGUAUGCACCACCAUGUCCGGCUUGCUAUUGUAUUUCUAACAAACCUUGAAAACUACAGCAAAGAGGACAUAAUGUUCAGAGAAGACAUGUAGUGUUUUGUCUUCCUAGGUCAGUCAUGAUGAAGGACAAUGAAACCCUUCUGGUAAAUGGUCGCUUUUAGAGAGGCCAUGGAGAAUAAACUCUAAAUAUCCUAUACUUUACAGGAAUUCAACUGUGGAUCUGGCGCUAUGUAUGGGUGAUACAAUACAUAGUUUAUAAUUGUGUGGGGUUUGUGCUGGGUACCUUAUUGUCAACUUGACACAUAGUCACUUCAGACUUUGUAUAGGAGCAGACAGGAAUUCACUGUCUCCUGGCUGAAUGAAGUUCUUGUUUUCCUCUGGUCUCAGGUCUAUAAUUCACUGCUUCUGUUCUUGUACAUGAGUGUGUACAGAAUAAGCAAAAUGCUGACACCACGUUUAUCUCCUUGAAACAUCUGUGUCAUUAGGAAGCUGGGGUUUUCUUCUACAGGAGUAGCAAUAUUCUAUCCAUACUUUUCCCCUUUGUAGAGAGCAGCAUUAUAGAUUUAGAAAUGAACAACAUUGUUGUGUCUACAUAGUUGGAUCAUAGUGUUGCUCUGAGAACUUGCCAAGCUUAUUAAGACUAUUUCCAGUAUGCUUUUGAGUAGAUGUUGCAGCUAUCUCGAUUUUUAUUGUUUUUGAAAUAAACUAAAAUACAAGAUUCAAGACAAUUGAUGGAUUGGCAUAAUGUAUAACAAAAUUGUAAUCAUAUUGGGACUACUGUCAAUUAAAUAACAGGAAAUGCUUGAUAAUGUGUUUUAACUAUGUGUUUGUAAAUGGAAGCAACAGUAAAUAUCCUGAAUUAACUUUGACAUUACCUUUGAGUGUGUUGUCUUACAGAUGUGCUGGUGAAGAUUUCUUGGAGACCCAGGGUUUCCAUCUCUCAUCAUGGGGCUCCAUGUCUCAUCAUGGGGUUUGUGAGAGAAUCACCUGUCUUUAGCUUGUAUAAUGAUUAUCCUCUUAGCAAUUAAUUAUGUACAAUUGCUACCUCUUCAGAAAAGGAUUCAUUGUUAAAUUACCAUUUUUGAUGUUUUCAUAUUUAAAUUUCUGAUUUGUUUGAAAUAUCCUGACAAGAGAGAGAAACUAUCUUCUUUUUUCUCCUUCUUUAUUUUGUACUCUAAAUCCAGCAAAUAAACCUGCAACUGACAUGUACAAUGGUGGGAAUUGUCUAAAAUUAUUUAAAGAGUUGUGAUUCCACAGUAUCUUCUGAGCAUUUAUAUUCAUACUCACAGAAACUUUCUUGGUACCAAUGAGCAUGGGGGGAGGGAAUUAAAGGAGCUUGCAGCAGUGUUUAGAGACCUUGCCCUGUCUUUCUACUCUGCUCCAGAAGUCUGUGUCCUUGACUCUCUGUCACCUCAUGUCUAACACACAAUGGCAGGUAAGGUCAGCCAGGAGUUGCAGGGGACAGGAAACAAUGGUAGUGUCUUUGGAUAUGUCUUUUGAAAUGGCCUUUAGUUGUUUCUUUUUUGUUUUCUCCUUUCAAUUGUUCCUUCCUGUUUUAAUUAUGGUUUUACUGCUGUGAACAGAUGUCAUGACAAAGGCUACUCUCACAAGAACAACAUUUAAUUGGGGUUCGAUUACAAUUCACUGGUCCACUCCAUUAUCAUCAAUGCUGGUGCAUGGCAAAGCCCAGGAUGGCAGGGGGCCAGAGGAGCUGGGAGUUCUAUAUCUUGUUUCAAGGGCUGUCAGGAGAAGACUGGCGUCUAGGCAGCUAGGACAAGGAUCUUAAAGCACUGUCAUUCAUGGAACAGAAAAACUUCAUGUCAUCCUCAUAUAAUAAAGAGCUUCACCAAGGGAAGGCAGCAAGAAAUUAACAGCGGCCUUGAAAUACGUUUAUGAUGGAUUGAGACCCAAAAAGAAUAGAUUUGCGUUUGUAAAAAGGCUUUAGAAUUUAUUCUUUACGAGGCUAAAAUAUUGUCAAUACAAUAUGGUUACAUAAUUAAAAAUCAUAUCACACAGGUAUGUGCCCCAAGGGCCCUGACUCAGUUCUUGGCUCUUCUGGGACUCCCAGCUGUGUCUGAAUGACCAAGAGUCAGAACCUCACCCCCACCCUUCAGCCCAGGUCGGGGACAUAUCACAGCCCAGGAACCCCCAACCAGCUCUGACCUACCCCUCAUCAUGGACUGCAUUUCCCAUCCCUGAGCAGAGUCUUGGCUUUCCCUGAAGCCCAGCACCAAUCAUGCUGCAGAAAGGAGAAAAAACUGUCAUAUAUCCCCCGGUUUGGAGCCCAAAGAGGCUGAAACCAGCGGAAGUGAAUAAAUGAAUUGACAGAUUCACUGACCAAUCAGAGCCUCCAUACGCGCUUGCCAGUCAGAAUAGGAGGAGGGUUCUUUCUGAAAUCAUGUGGCAGGUUCCAUGCUACUGUGAGAGUUUAAGUGAAUUGGUGUGUUGUGCUUCGACCUCAACUGCUGAGUAGUAAGGGAAGCCUAAGCAAGCUCUGAAGGUGCAGCAUGGCCAGCAUAUGCUCACUGCCCACAAAGAAUGCAGUGACAUAUGAGGAUGUGCAUGUGAACUUUACUCGGGAAGAAUGGGCUUUGCUGGAUCCUUCCCAGAAGAGUCUCUACAAGGAUGUGAUGCUGGAGACCUACAGGACCCUCAGAGCUAUAGGCAAUUAUUGGGAUGACCACAGUAAUGAAGAAAAUUCUCAAACUUCUAGAGGAAGUAGAAGGCAUCUUCAAACGGAAGACAGAACUCACACUGGAGAGAAAACCUAUGAAAGUGUGCAAUGUAAUGAAGUGCUUUCGAGUCACAAUCAUCCUCAGAUAUAUAAAGGAAUGCUUACUGGAGCCUUUGUACUUUAUACUGGUCUUCAAAUGCAUAGAAGAACACAAAUCCGGGAUAAACCCUGUGACUGUAACACACUUGGUAAAGCCUGUGCAUGCCACAGCCAUCUGCAAAGCCAUAAAAGAACACAUACUAGAGGGAAGCCCUACAAAUGUGACCACUGUGGUAAAGCCUUUGCAUAUCAUGGUGAUCUUCAAAGGCAUGAAAGAACACAUACUGGAGAGAAGCCCUAUGACUGUAAAGAAUGUGGUAAAGCCUUUUCAUGUCACAGUGGUCUUCAACAGCAUAAAAGAACACAUACUGGAGAGAAGCCCUAUGAAUGUAACCUCUGUGGUAAAGCCUUUGCUCGUCAAAGCAAUCUUCAAAGGCAUGAAAGGACACAUACUGGAGAGAAGCCAAAUGAAUGUAACCACUGUGGUAAAGCCUUUUCACAAUACAGUGGUCUUUUGAGACAUAAAAGAACACAUACUGGAGAGAAGCCCUAUGAAUGUAACCACUGUGGUAAAGCCUUUGUUUGUCAAAGCAAUCUUCAAAGCCAUGAAAGGACACAUACUGGAGAGAAGCCCUAUGAAUGUAACCAAUGUGGCAAAGCCUUUGCUCGUCACAGCAAUCUUCAAAGUCAUGAAAGGACACAUACUGGAGAGAAGCCCUAUGAAUGUAACCAAUGUGGUAAAGCCUUUUCACAAUACAGUGGUCUUUUGAUACAUAAAAGAACACAUACUGGAGAGAAGCCCUAUGAAUGUAACCACUGUGGUAAAGCCUUUGCUUGUCAAAGCAAUCUUCAAAAUCAUGAAAGGACACAUACUGGAGAGAAGCCCUAUGAAUGUAACCAAUGUGGUAAAGCCUUUUCACAAUACAGUAGUCUUUUGAGACAUAAAAGAACACAUACUGGAGAGAAGCCCUAUGAAUGUAACCACUGUGGUAAAGCCUUUGCUUGUCAAAGCCGUCUUCACAGUCAUGAAAGGACAUAUACUGGAGAGAAGCCCUAUGAAUGUAACCACUGUGGUAAAGCCUUUGCUUGUCAAAGCCGUCUUCACAGUCAUGAAAGGACAUAUACUGGAGAGAAGCCCUAUGAAUGUAACCAAUGUGGUAAAGCCUUUACUUAUCACAGCCAUCUUCAAGGGCAUGAAAGUACACAUACUGGAGAGAAGCCCUAUGAAUGUAAACAAUGUGAUAAAACCUUUGCUUGUCAUAGUGGUCUUCAAAGGCAUGAAAAGACACAUACUGGAGAGAAGCCCUAUGAAUGUAACCAAUGUGGUAAAGCCUUUUCACGAUUCAGAAAUCUUUCGAAUCAUAAAAGAACACAUACUGGCGAGAAGCCCUAUGAAUGUGACCAAUGUGGUAAAGCCUUUUCAUAGAAGAAUUGUCUUCAGAUUCAUAAAAUAGCACAUACUAGAGAGAAUCCCUUUGAGUGUAGCCUUAGCUUGUCAUAGCCAUCUUCAAAGCCAUAAAAGAACACAUACUGGAGAGAAGCCCUAUGAAUGUAACCACUGUGGUAAAGCCUUUUCUUGUCAUAGCCAUCUUCAAAGCCAUAAAAGAACACAUACUGGAGAGAAGCCCUAUGAAUGUAACCACUGUGGUAAAGCCUUUUCUUGUCAUAGCCAUCUCAAAGCCAUAAAAGAACACAUACUGGAGAGAAACCUUAUUCGUGUAACUACUGUGGCAAAACAUUUGUAGAAAACACUAAUCUCCAAAAGCAUAAAAAAACCCUACACUGAAAAGACUCUCUAUGUAUGUAACCAAUGUGAUAAAGCCUUUGCUCAUCACAGCUGUCUUCAAAUCCAUGGAAAGACACAUAGAGGAAAUAAACACUAUGCAUGUACCCAGUGUCGUAAAGUGUUUUCACAUAACAGUAAUCUUCCAUACCAUAAAAGACACAUACUGAAUAGAAGCCCUAUGAAUGUAACCAAUGUAGUAAAACCUAUUCACAGAAGAGUUUUCUUCAGUGUCAUAAAAGAACACAUCGUGGAGAGAAGCUCUAUGAAUGUAACCAAUGUUGUAAAGCCUUUGCUCAACACAGCCAUCCUCAAAGCAAUAACCGGACACAUACUGGAGAGAAACACGAUUCAUGUAACCAAUGUGUUAAAGUGUUUUCACAUAACAGUUAUCUUCAGAGUUACUAAAGAACACAUUACUUGACAGAAGUCCCAUGGAUGUAAACAACGUGGUAAAGCCUUUGCACAUGUCGUCUUCAAGGGCAUUAAAAACCUAGAUUGCAGUGAACUCUUAUGAAUGUAGUCAACUUGAUUAAGACUUUGCAUAUCAGAGUCUCCUCCUUUUGCAUGAAAAGAAUCAUUUAGCACAGUGAUAUUGUGUGUUUGUGUGUUUGUGUGUGUGUGUGUGUGUGUUUAUGCUUGUAACUCUUUUGUCUACUCAUCCCAUACUCUUUCUCUAGUUAAUUACUUGCCUAUCUUUGAUAUGAGGAUUUGUUGUUUUUUUAUUGUCAUAUGUUAUGUCUUGUUUAGUUGAUAUCCACAAGAGGCUGCCCUGCUAUUUUUCGAAGAGGAUGGUUGAGGAGUGGAUCUUGGGACCAUGGUAGGUUUGGAAUGUCAUGGAGAAGUGAAGGGGAGGGAAAACAACCCAGGAAUGAAACCUUCAGCCUAUAAAGUUUCCUGCUUGCAAGGUGUACUGUGUCAAUACUAGCACAGAACUUGUGGUAGUAACCAAAUAUAGUGGUUUAAUUGGAUGCACAUGAAACAAGAAGGAGCCUGUAACUGACACUGGUUGAUCAGAAACUAGAAGCAAGAUAAGCAAGAAUCAUACUUUAGAACCAAACAUUACUACCCGUUGUCCAUCAACUCUUUCCCUACAAAAAACAUGGUGAUGUUCUGCUCUUUUCAUAGUUUUGUGACUUGUCCAACUGUCAUUAAUGUCUGCCUUCAGUAGGGCAUGGGAGUAAUAUAAAUGACUCACAAUUAAACAGUAGAAGCUAGGUUUCCAGUCUCUAUUGUUUUCUUUGUCUAUAAGCUUGGGGAACUGCUGAGAAGAGGGGGAGAAAGAAUUGUGGAAACCAGAGGUUUUCAAAGGCACAAGGAAAGCACAGGCAACAUAAUUACCUGACUUGGAUUCCUGGAGUUUCCCAGAUAUUGAGGCACAAUUUUGGAGCCUGUACAGGUCUACACUAGGUACACUGCAUAUAUGGUGUUGUUCCUGGAUGGUGGUUUUGUUUGUGGGAGGUGUUGAGGAAUACUGAGAGUAGGACUGAAAGUUUCUUUUACUCUUUUGCCUGCUCUUAGUACUCCUGUCCUCAAGUGUUGAAAUAAGGGUUUGUGCUUGUUCUAGUUUUAUCUAAUCUUGUGUUUCAUUACUGUGUCUGGUAGACCUAGUUUUUCCUGUGGUACAUGUAAGACAGUCAUUCUUGGAAAGAGUUGAGUUGGGGAGGAAUUGGGAGUGCUAGAAAGAGGGAUAUUUCCAGUUGGAACAGAUUGCAUUAGAUAAGAAUAAAUAAUAAUAAGAAGAGGGGAUAUAGGCAAAAAAAUUAGAGACAAAAGGUUUUAAAGCUUACAGCAGAUAAAGUUUAGAUAUAAGAAAUUUGAGUAUCAUUUGUAUGUGCUUACAUGAGUGGCUCCCAUAUGAAAUAACUUGUAAAUCUAGUGUGCAAGUCUUUAACCUUUACUUGAGCUGUGAUUAGGAUAAGUGUUUUGUAGGAAGAAAGUGUGGUUUUAGGAUCUUCUGAUUCCAAGGCAGAAGAGAUAGUCACACCAGGACCACAGGAGCAUGAAGGAAGAGACAAAGAAGACACCUGUGAGAAGUAGGUGAGGUAAGGGGAGAAGUAAAAGUUAAGGGUGAUCUAAAGAAUAUCCCUGGCUUCCAAAUGGAGCGAAGAGGGAACAGAGUAGCAAAAUACAGGGCCCUCCACCCAGUGAUGGUUCCCAUAUCCUAGAAGCCUCGGGGGUUGGGGUCACUGAGAAUUUAUGGUACAUAGCAGGCAAUUUGCAAUGAGAAAUGAGGAGCACAGGGUUGCAAUACUUAGGCCAGGUGCUAGUGAAGAUAGAUCAGGUAGCUCUGAAGAGGAGGAGGCAAGGAUAUGGUCACUUGUCCAAGAGGGCAGAAUCAAGAUGGAUGGCUACACAUCCUAGAUGGAAGGAAGUUGAAGCCCCAUGAAUUAGCUCAACAAAAGAUUUCAGAAAUAUAAAUGUCCUGGUGUCUAGAAUUUAUAUCUAGGGCAGCCCCAAGAAGAAUAAGAGACCUGAAGGAGAGAAGUGUCUCAAGUCACAGACUAGAGUCAUCUCUAUUCAUGUUAAGUGGGCAGGACUAGAAGGCAUCCUUGUACACCAGUGUGACUUUUGUAAUACUAGUAAGGAAAAUAGGAACUUCUGAAUUGACACUUCACACUAGAGGAGGAGAGACUAGCAGUCAGAACAGCUAGAGCAGAUGUCUAUUAAAAAGAUGGAGUAGAAGAAGUCUCUGGGAAAGAAGAGGUUUCCAACACAGGGAGACAAGUUAACUGUCUUAGAUGUCCCUUUGUUCCUGCCCACAUAUAUUGUAGCAGGAUCCAGAAGCCAGAGAGACUCAGAGUUGCUUGAUGUGUUCCCAAGAGGUGGAACAGGCUUCAGGAACCAGUGAGGUGUUUAUACUAUAAAUGACCAGAAUUGAACUGUUAGAACAGGGCGAGAAGAGGCACACUCUCUUGGAGUCAAACUAGUUGACUGAGAGAAGCCAGCCACCUACACACCUCAGGCAAGUCAUAUGAGAAAGUUGUUUCAGAGAGACUGAGUCCCUUGCAUGGGAAGUCCUGUAUGCUCUCCCUCUGGUGUUGGUACCAGAUGAAUGAAAAGGAGGGCAUGACCACUCGUAGGCAAGUUUGAGAAGAAUGUUUUAUUGAAGGGAUGAGCAAUAGCACAACUAUGUGCAUCUGGAAACAUCCGAGCCUCAGCUGUGCAGAGUACACUUGGACUUGAGUUUAUCAUUGAAGGAGUUACAACUGAAAGAACCUAGUGGGGAAACCCCCACUCAAUUCCUGAUUCGGUGUGCACCCAAGAAUCACGAACAGACGACCAUCUUGAUGUAAAAACAGGAGGUAGAUUAAUGGCAGAGCUCCAGGUUGAAAUGUAUCUCAUGCAGGAGACAGUGGUUUCGACCAUUUAAUGUCGGAGCUCCGGGUCGAAAUGUAUCUCACGUAGGAGAUAGUGGUUUCGACCUUUGGUGGAGACAUAAUGGUGGAGAUCUGGGUCGAAACGUAUCUCAGGAGACAGUGGUUUCAACCACGAGGCUUGGAGCUAGGGGUAUUUAUAGAAAAGGGCUGGGGUUGGGGGAGGAAUUGGCGAGGUUUCACAUGAUUGGUCCAUUUAAACAUCAGCAGACUGUUAACUUUUAACUUAGGUCAGAAGGGCAGGAGAUAGGGAGGCACCAGGCCAGUCGGCAUGUCGUUCUCUUUAUUUGUCUUUAUCUUUAUGGCCAAGUAGCCUCAGGAAUAUCUUAAAGACGGGCCUGCCCGGGCAUGUCCUGGCCUGUUUCGCUGUGUUCUCAGCCCCAGGUUUCAAAACUCACAAACAACUCUUUGGGCUAUUUGACAUAAAUUACAUGAAUCACAGGUCUCAAGUUUUAUAUCCUUUCACAACUAAAUUGAUGAGUGGGGAGAAAGAGUAUGAGAAGCAAGUUCUAUGGGAACCCACAGGUUUUACAGAAAAAGGGAAGUUAUGGGUAGGGCAGCAAAUGUCAGUGACAAAAACAAGUUUAGGGAAGUGGUGGAUAUGAGAGGUGCUCAGAAGAGACAGGAUUUUAUUACAGGUAAUAGCAGCCAGCACCUGCUUUUGAUAUGUUAAAUAAAUAAGCCAUUUGUCCCGAGUUUCUCUGUGAUUUCACAGCAUACAUAUAAAUGAGUAAGUGUUUGAGUAUUUCAGUCUAUUUCAUGGUAUGUGUGUUAACCAGUCCUAUGUUGUUUUCUGUGCAAUUGCUUAAAUGAUAUCUCUGCCUUCAGUGACAAUGCUGUGCUCCUUUGGGAAAUCAUCAGAGUGCUGUAGUAUAUAUCAUGAACCUAAUUUAUCACUGAUUUUAACUGCUUACAUUCUACUUCUUAAUUCUGUAGCCUUACAUUAUUACCUGUUUGUAUUUUAUAUCUAUGGAAUUUUGCUUACAUGUAGACCUGUGAACUGCAAGCCAGAGGACGUUUCAGAUCAACUAGAACUAGUAUUGCAGAAUGUCAUGAAUCCCCCUUUGAGCGUGCCUACUAUAACUGAGCCAGUGCCCUGUGGAGAAGCAGUAAUUGCUGUUAUGCUCUGAGCCACCACUCCAGAGUCAUAGAACAUACGUUAGAUUCAAGAAGAAUUACCUUGAAAUAAUGUAGAAUAUUGAUAUUUUUAGAUACAUGUGCCAACAUUGCACAUAUUCACACUGUGCUCUGGGCCCUCCAAAGCUGUUCAUUUUGUAAUGAUGACUGUGUAAAUGAGUGCUAUUAAUUCUUACUAAUUUCUUGAUGACUUAGACAUUUUACUAGGGUUGUUUUUGUAAUGUAGUUGGAAAAAGUAUCUGUCAUCCAUAAAUGACGAAACUGUUUAUCCCUUGUUCUUCAGGGAACAGUGCUUGACUGCACAGUUUCUAAUACACCUUUGGUAUCAAUUUUGAAAUAAGUCAUUUAGACAUAGAUUUAAUCUUGCUGUACUUUUAUUAGAUUAGUAAUACCAACAAUAUUUCUCUCAAUAUUUGUUUGUCAAAAGGUGUCAUUGUAUUUGUUGGUUGAUCACAUUAGAGGGAUUUCAAAUUACUUUUUUUAGGUUCUGCAUUCUCAUUGUGAAUAUUAAUUUUUUUUCCUGUUUACUUACAUUAGUGUCACCAUGUGUCUCAGACAGUAAAAAAAAUCUCACCCAGGCAGUGGUGGUAUAUGUCUUUAAUCCCAGCACUUGGGAGGCACAGGCAGGCGGAUUUCUGAGUUCGAGGUCAGCCUGGUCUACAAAGUGAGUUCCAGGACAGCCAGGGCUAUGUAGAGAAACCCUGUCUUGAAAAAACGAAAAAACAAAGACAUAAACAAACAAACAAAAAAGACAAUAAAAAAGUCUUUUAAAAAGUUAAUCCAGUUUGCCAUUCAUUGAAGAUUAAUACAGCCCUCAUGCCAGAUUCCUUAAACAUGCAAAUACGUGUUCUACAUUUGCAAAUUAACUUUCCCAUUAAGUCUCUCAAAUACACUGUGAACAGAAGUUGUAUGUUUCAAUGAGAAGUAUUGCUUUGGUUUGUGUGUGUCUGUGUGUGCAUAUAAAAUGCCCUAUCGGGAUAUUUUUCCUGCCAUGAAAGAAACAUAUCUUAGUAUGUUGUAUAGGAAAUCUCUGUUUAUUCUAAUGCUUUUAAAAUGAAAACAAUUUUUAAUAAAAUUAGUGUAUAUUGAUUUAAUCUUACAAUAACUUUACUUUCUCCAUCUUUUUUAUUGAUAUGAUUUGGAUAUAUAACUUAUAAGAAAAUAUACUGAUAUGUUAUAUCUUUUAUGGAUACACAAAAUAAAAAAAUAAUAAUACAAAUUGUCAGUUUGAAUCGAUGACAAGAAAUCCUGUAUGUAGAGAGAAUUUGUCUUUCUGGUGUGGCCUGGCCUCUUUCUAAUACAACUUCCUUACCAGUUUCUGGUCAGGAGGGACAUGGAUGGGAAAGGGAAAGCAGAGGAGACCAUCCACAGACUUCCUUAUCAUAGAUUGUCCUCUCAAGACCAAGAAAUCUGCUCUUUCAGGAGUUGUGACUUGCUACAUGCUAAGAGAUACAAAGGAAUGGAGAGUCCCAGGGAUGGAGAGGCAAGGGCAGCAAUUGUAGCUGAGGAAGAGUUCUUAGCAGCAGCUCCUUUCCUAACCAGUGUGAGGCCCACUGCAUGCUGCUGUGCCCCCACUGCUAACAAAGGCUCAGUCUGUCACCUGUGCUGCUGGGGACAUCCUGUAGCUGACCAGUUGUGGCUGUCUUGUAAGUCUUAGUACAGGAUCAGACAGAAAUUCACUGACUCUUCCUUGAAACUCUUGAUCUCCUCUGGACCCAGGUCUAGAAUUCCAUGCUUCUCUUCUUGUGCAUGAAUGUCUCCUGUGUCAGCAAAAUGCUGUCAAAGUUUUCUUCUAUAAUUUUGUUGAAGAUAUUUAGUGGCCCUUUAAGUUGGGCAAAUAUUCACUCUCUUCUAUACCUAUUCUCCUUAGAAUUGGUCUUUCAUUGUGUCCUGGAUUUCCUGGGUGUUUUGGGUUAGGAACCUUUUCCUUUUUGCAUUUUCUUUGACUGUUCUAUCACUGUUUUCUAUGUUUUCUUCUGCCCCUGAGAUUCUUUCUCUCUUCUAUCUCUUUUUUUUCUGCUGGUGAUGCUUGCAUCUAUGGCUCCUGAUCUCUUUCCUAGGUUUUCUAACUCCAGUGUUUACUCCCUUUGUCAUUUCUUAAUGUUUGUAUUUCCAUUUGUCGAUCUUGGAUGGUUUUGUUCAUUUCCUUCACCUGUGUAGUUGUGUGUCCCUGUAGUUCUUUAAGGGAUAUUUGUGUUUCCACUUUAAGGCCCUUUAGCUGUUUACAUGUGUUUUCAUGUAUUUCUUUAAGGGUGUUAUUUAUGUCCUUCUAAAAGUCCUCUCCCAUCUUCAUGAGAUGUAACUUUAGAUCUGAAUCUUGCUUUUUCAGGUGUGAAGGUGUAUCCAGGACUUCCUGUGCUGGGAGAAUUGGGUUCUGAUGAUGCCAAAUGACCCUGGUUUUGUUGAAUAUGUUCUUAAGCUUGCCUCCUGCCUUUUGAUUAUUUCUAGUGUUUCCUGCAUGGCUAUAUCUGCCUGGAGCCUGUUCUACUUGUGAUCUUGGUUGUGGUAGAACUCCUCAGAGUUCGGCUAUCUCUGGCCUCCUGUGAUCCUGAGACCCUGGGUCUGUCAAUGCUCCUGGGAGUCUAGCUGCCUCUGGGACCCUGAGAUCCUGGUGUGACCAAGCUCCUGGGAUCCUGGGAUCCCUUGUUCCUGAGCAUGCAAGCUCCUGGGAGUGGAGCUUCUUCGUGGUGUUGUGGGACUGGCUGCAGAUUUUGCAUCCAAGCUCUGUUUUGGGCACCUCUGACCCUAUUAUCCUGGGCAUGUUAGAGCACCUGGGAGUGGAGCUUCCUGUUAGUGUGUGGGGCUGGCUUCGGAGUUUGCGCCCAACAUCUGCUCAGGGCACCAACCCAGACAUGAAGGAACCUGCUUCACUCGUCUGGCAGAGUUCCUUGGUGCUAGGGUUCCAUUAGUCACAGUUUCUCCUGGUGUUAGGGCAGAUGUUGUGUCCUCCUCACCUCUGAUCCUGUGAUCCUGGGAAUGUUAGAACAACUGAGAGGGGAUCUUCCUGUGGGUGUUGUGGGACUGGCUACAGAGUUCGAGCCCUAGAUGUUCUCAGGGCAUCACCCCAGCCCAGAAGGCACCUCUGCUACUGCUCAGGUGGAGCUUCUGGGUGCCUGGGUCCCCCUGAUACCCAAAAUCAGUGCUCUUAAUCACUGAGUCAUCUCUCUAGCCCUGGUGAAGAGCUCUUUUUGAACCAGAUCAUUAGACUCUCAUUGGGAGGCUUCUGGGAAAGACAUCUGCCUUUAGCUUGUAUAAUGAUUAUCCUUUUUAAAAAAAUUUUAUUUAUUAGUUAUGAAAACGACAGUUUUGUUUACUUUAUCAAACCAUACUAAUAUUCUUUCAAGGACAAACAUACAGCCAAGGAUGCUUAGUGAGAGAAUCUUAUUUUUACAAAAGAGACUUCCCAAGGUGCUCUCCAGUGAUGCUUCUUAUCAUUAUUAUGGGGAUCUAGGAAACAUUCAUCCCUCAAGCUACCAGAAAUGCCACAAACCCCCAUUUGAAUCAUUUUAAUAUUACACUCGUGAAGGUGAUGUUUCCUGCAUAGCCGCCCAUGUAACUGCAAGCCUCAUUGAGAUCCUAUGGAUCCCUCAGCCCUCAGGCAGCAAGCUUCUUCCACAUUGUUUAUAAUGGCUUUCCUCCAAUUUUUUGUGGUCUGUAAUCUGGGAGUUCCAUUUUGCCAUGGCCAUGGCCAAGUUCAUGUCCAUGUCCAUGUCCAUGUCCGUACCCAGCAUCCAUGUCUUACAUCGAUGUGAACACCUGGGACACUCAAUAUUUAACCUUCCAGCUGGAGCCAACUGGAAACUGACAAAUCAAUUACCUAUGUGCAGUUAUUACAGCUUAAGAUAUUAGAAGUUCUUAGUUCCUGGGUAGGAACUUUUGACAGUUGUUUAAGAAGAUGUGAUUCCAAACUAUCCACUGAAUGUUUGUAAUUAUUCUCAUGGACAAAUGUUACAGACAGCAUUAGCCAGAGAGGUUGCCUGUGCUGUCAACUGUGGUGAAUGCAGAGACUCAUGUCUGCUCACAGUAUAAGGCUACAGAACACCCAACUGCUUAACUCCAAACCACAAACCUAUAGGACCCUCUACAGCUCAGUGCAUUAUGGAAUAUAGGGAGAAAGGGUGCAGGGGCCAGAAAAUGAGACGAAGCAAUGGAAAUGCAAUAUUGUGCUCAUGCACAGCCAAGGAAACCAUGGUCUGUCUCUCAGCUCCGCAGCUCUCUGCACAAGAGUGGAGACCUCACCAGCACAGUAAGGAACAGUGAGGGGCUCAGUGGGCCCACCCCCCAUUCUAUUGAACUUUUGGCUACUGGCAGAUCUUUGGACAGAGGUCAGCAUGGAUUGGACUCAAGUGGAAAGACUGAAUCCCAGGAUCUCGCAGACAACCUCUUUUAAACUCUGUGGGUCACAAGACAAGACCAAAGAUGUGACUGUAAGAAAGAUCCUUGUAAA